AUGUCAACUAAUAAUAACGAAGAUAUUGAUAAUGAUGAAUUGCAACAACAGGAUAAUGAGGAACAACAACAACAACAACAACCACAGGUAUCAACAUUCAAUGAACAGCAACGUCAGAUAAGGGAACAGCAGCAGGUAAUAGAUAAACAAAAUCAACUUCUUCAACAACACAUUCAAUUAAUAAAUCAACAAUCUCAACUACAAUUGAAUAAUCAUACGACACCACCAUCAUCACCCAACAUUACAACACCAAUAACUUCAGCAGCAAUAACCAACACAAUAAAGAAAUCAUUAGGAAAAAUUAACACUGAUGAUACCGACCACCAGUUGUUACAGAAAGUGAUAAUGAUCUUCCACAACAAACCAAUUCAAAAAAACAACAUUACAUUUAUUAUCAAUGCCCAAAAUUACUCGAAGAAAAUUUUAAUAUCUUCAAAUUUAUAUUUUUAA